GACACUUGUCAAAGUGACAUCGGAUAAGUCAAAUCACACACACAUACACAUUUUCACUCACCUUCCGAAAAUCCGUCGCUGCUUUCACGAUACGCUUUGCGUAAAUACUAAAAGUUACAUAACUUCAACAUGGCUGGUGGUGGUGAUGAAAGCAAACUUACCGGACUGUCGCGUUACUUCAAUGGCGAAACGAUGCGGGGCCGUGCCAAUGUUGCGAAGGCCACCUACGCGUCGAUUGGGCUGCUGAUUCUGUACUUCUCACUGAAGCCAAGCAAGAAGUGAGGAGCCCGCACCGUACCUGUCUACGCGUCGGUCAUAGGAUUACUUCGUGAAGUGUGCCAGUGGUGAAAUACAUUAUGCAACAGUCGAGUAAAACCUAGAA